CCAACGUUUCUGACGAAUAGUUUUAUUGCAUCCCGUUGGGACUUGGGACUGCUGUAACAACUGAAGCCCCUUGCAGACAUGGACACGUCUCCAAAGCUCCAAUAAACAUCAAACAAGAAGAGAAGCUGAACAAUGAGGAUCAUUUUAACAUUAUGUCGGCUACUGCUUCUUGCGGCAGCCAUUGUUGUUGGCUACUAUUUUGUGAGUUCUGUUGUGGAUUUCAUCCUCUCAUCUGGACAGAAGAAAGUCCCUGAGCUCUACAUUGGAAAUGCAACGCGUGCUGAACUCUACCAUGCUGAGCCACCAAAGGAGUGGCUUUCUGUAGGAGCAGUUUUGCCAAAUUGUGGUCUCCCUGAACUGUGCCCUGAAGACCACGUGCCAGUCAGUGUUUCAUCCCAUCCUAGUGACAUGCCAAGGAUCUGCAUUGCUGGCAAAUUUGUCACAGAACUUGGUGUGAAUGGAGGUGGUCGUGGCAUCAACGUGGCUGUUGUUGACCCUGUCACUCUCCAGCCUGUUAAAGCCCGAAGUUUUGACACUCACAACUUGGAGUCUGAAGCUCUGGAAGACUUUCUUCGUGAUGACAUAGCAGCGGGUCAGAUCGUAGUCCUGCUGACAUUUGACGAGGCAUCAAGGAAUCUCUCCCACCACGCACGUCAUCUCAUUGCUCGCCUUGGGAGCGGACAGAUCCAGAACCUUGGGUAUCAGGAUCAGUGGUACAUGAUCGGCCAGGAAGGCAUCAAAGGAUUCACACCCUACGAGCAAAUCCUGGGCAGAGGAGAGGAUAACAGCAUCGCCGCCGCGGCCUGCGUCCCAAAACACGUGCGUGGGUUGCCGAUAGCUCCUGACGCGAGCCUCUCCUACAACGCUGCUCGCGCUACCUUCUGCGCCCGCCGUCCGUACCUCCAGCACCUCUGCUCUGUCACGGGUCAAUACGAGCCCGUGGGCGUAUGCGAGGCGCCCGUGAGCCGCGGUCUAUCGGACAGCCCGCUGCUGAGGGCGCCUGUGCUGGUGCUGGGGCAAACGGAUCUGCCGACCCUCGCCCUCACCCUCCAAACCCUCGCGGCUCAGUCAGCUCUCGUGCCGAGGUUGGUGGUGGUGGCGUUUGAACCUCUCCUACUGCCAGACGCGCGGGAGCUGGCGCAGCUCUUCAACUUUUCAGUUCUGCCCGUCACUGAUGCCGCCAAUAGAGCUGAGUUCGUGGAGCGCAGCAUGGAGCACGUGGCCCGGGAGUACGUGAGCAGCUCGCACGUGGUCAUACUUGAGGAAGGCGCUGUGCUCAGCCCUGACUUCUUCCCGUACGUGGCCGCCGUCCUGCCCCUCCUCGCUGAACCCAGAGCCAUGGCUGUGUCCGCGUGGAAUCCUAACGGCUACAGCGGGGUGAACGGCAGAGCAAGCGCGGUGCUGCGGGUUUCGGACACGCCGCGCGUGGCGUUCGUGGUCACGCACCACGUCCUCACGCAACACCUGCUAACUUCUCGCAACACAGGGUCGGCUGGAUGGGAGAGCUGGGUGGCGGGUGACUGGGUGGCGGGAGGCCGACUAGCGGGUGGCGGGGUGGCGGGAGGCCGACUGGCGGGUGGCGGGGUGGCGGAAAAAUGGGUGGUGGUCCCUGAAGUGUCCCGGGUGCUGGUGCGGCCGUCUGCCCCGCACCUGCAGCGCCUCCGUCACCAGACGCUCGUACAGCAGCUCUUCUUCAGGCUCAGGCGCACCAGCCUGCGCUACGUGGAAGUGACGGGCGUGGAGCAGCUCAGAGGAGACCACUACACGCGCCUCCUGCAGCAGCUCCUGGACCGCGGCGACCUGUGGCGCGUCACGGCCGAGGAGGUGCGACGCUGCGCAUCUAACGAGAAACAGCUCGUUCUGCCCACGACGAGCAAUAAUGCGUCGGCUGUGGUGCUGCCGUACCGAGAGAGCGCCGCGUCGGAGACCUGGUCAGGGCUGGCGCUGCUGUGCCGCUGUUUUGGGCUCUUCGACUUCGGCGAUUCGGGCCAACCCAAGGGUCUCUACCAGGGCAUUCUGAGGUUCAGCAUCAAUGAGCGGGACGUGUUGCUGCUCAGCGACCGCAGUCCCUUCUUCGCCGGCAGUCCUCACGUCGCAGCGGCUCCCACGCUGCCGUGAACUGAACUUGCAAAAACCUGUCACAAUUUUCAGUAUUGUGUUCUAGUCAGCAAUUCGACUGCCAUUGCGAUUUUUUUCCAUUUUUACUUACAUUCAAUAAUCAUUCUGUACAUACGGUCAUGGAAUGUUAGAAUAUCUCGAUGGUUGUUUAGUAUUUAUAUUGUACGCCAAAUGAGUAAUGUGUGCCAAAGUUAUUAUCGUAUCGUUACUUGUUUAAGCUAAAAUUAGGUUUGAUGCUUAUAACUUACUAUUCGCUGAAAACUUUUACUAUUGGUUAUAUUGCUACUUUUCGUAUAGGUUUGAAACUGCGUCAGUUUCUUGGUCUAACUUACUGGCGGCACCUGUAACUAUCUCUUCGUGAAUAUCACGAUGAGCAAGUCAUGUAAGUAUGACAAUGUAAUUAAAUCGAUAAAAUUUAAGAGGUAGAAUGAUUGCUAAAGGUGCGUCGAUCCCUGUUUUUAUACAAGUGGUUCUGAAGAUCAUCGUUUUUGGCAAUAUUUAUCUCUACACAGUCAAGAUGAGAAUAAGAGAUUGUUGUGUGUGGAAGACUCGCGUCACGGGAAUCUGAUUUUUUACGAUGCUUGAAUAAUUUUUGCUUCCGUCAGCAAAAGCCUAUGGUGCAAGAUGGGAGUGACAAAUGAUGAUGGGAGUGUGUACGUUCGCUGAAUUCAUUAACGUGUAAGAUGGAAUGAGAUGCUGCUGGACAUGUUCGAAUGAGAGCAUUUGUAUUAGGACCUGAGCUCAAUCCAAGGAGUUCAAAUCGUGAGAAUGACAGGAGAAUCUCUGAGCUACUGGAGUAGCUUUUGUGUUUGGAGAUAGAAACUAUCAAGCUCAUCGCACAACCGCGUAAUCGUAUUUAGCUAUAAAAUUUUUAGUAACAAAUAAGGUCCAUCCGCUCAUACUUUUCAUUGUGUCUCCUAUAAUGCAUUAUUCAUGCAUACUGUACGUUUUUCUUAGUAAUGUUGAUAACAUUGACAAAAUGCGGAGCCGUGCUAGCCGAAAUGGGUGUAUGGGUGCCACAUUACUGUCAGGCGUUUAGUGGAAUAGGUUUGGAAACUUCAUCGUUAUUAAUGUAAAUUCGAGUACCAUGAGAAAGUUUAGUUUUAUGCCAAAUAUAAGUGAUCAAGGUAAAUGAUACCAGGAGGUAACUGUGAUAUGAGGACUUAUCUUUAGUAUGCAACAUAUACAAAAAUUCUGGAAUAGUAAUCGAUCUGAACAGGAACUACGGUUCGAGCUCAUGAAUUUCCUAAAGAAGUCAAUUGGGUCGUUUUGAUUUACUUUAAGAUUUUUUAGAAAACCUUGCACCUCGGAAAAGUUCUUGCUCUAGAAAAAUUGUGUUGAUGGCUCAAAGUACCAUGAAAUAACUUAAAAAGCAAAAAAUAUAAAGACUAUUUUAUAUAUUUCCUGUGUGACUUGCAAAAUUACAGUACCAGCGCCAAAAAAAUUUAAAUCACCCCGUUACACGGUACCUCGGAUGUCUUUUCUUAAUUUCCCAUAUAAGCAAGCAUUUUAAUGAGCAACUAUGGCUAUGUGAGAGUUUAUUUCGUUGCACGUCAAUUCAGUAAAAUUUUGGAAUCGUGGACUUCGAAAACUCGUUUGCAAUUUCGAUUUUUGUCAAGCUUAAAAAACCCGAGAUGCUAAUUAAAUUUUGACCAUAUCAAUU